AUGGCUGGCUCGAAACUCCGGAAGCGCACAAAUUCUGACCUCCGCUUGUCUGCCUCUCCACAGCCCAAGCUCUCAAAGUCGCCGCCCUCGUCUCCCGACCUUCCUCGAGCUGCACUCCGCGAACCAUACCCAAUGCCGAGCUCGAAUCCGGCCAGCCAAUAUACCCUGAUGGAGAAGCUUGGGACGGGCUCCUUCGGGACCGUCUACAAGGCCAUGCACAACGAGACGAAGCAAGUAGUCGCUAUUAAGCAGAUCGACUUGGAAGACUCCGACGACGAUAUCUCUGAGAUACAACAGGAGAUCGCCAAUCUGGCCCAGCACGAGUCCGAAUUCGUGACGCGCUACUACGGCUCCUUUGUCGUCGACUAUAAGCUCUGGAUCGUCAUGGAGUAUCUCGCCGGAGGGUCAUGUCUUGAUCUUCUCAAGCCCGGUGUCUUCUCCGAAGCCCACAUAGCGGUCAUAUGCCGCGAGCUGCUCCUCGGUCUCGACUAUCUGCACUCCGAAGGCACCAUUCAUCGCGACAUCAAAGCAGCUAAUGUCCUCCUUUCCGCGUCUGGCAAGGUCAAGCUUGCCGACUUUGGCGUCGCCGCCCAGCUUACCAACACGCUCCGACACACAUUCGUCGGUACGCCUUUCUGGAUGGCGCCAGAAGUCAUCCGCCAGGCUGGCUAUGACCAGAAGGCGGACAUGUGGAGCCUCGGCAUCACCGCUAUCGAAAUGGCGAAGGGAGAACCGCCUUUGGCCGAAUAUCACCCGAUGCGUGUGCUCUUUCUCAUACCCAAAGCCAAACCGCCAACACUGGAGGGCGCGUUCUCGCUUGCGUUCAAGGACUUUGUCACCCAGUGCUUGACGAAAGACCCGAAUAUGCGCCCUACAGCGAAGGAGCUACUUCAGCACCGUUUCAUCCGUGGUGCUCGCAAAACGACGUAUUUGUCCGAGCUUGUCGAGCGUUAUCAGGAUUACCGAGCUCGGUCGGGGAAACCCCAACCUGCCUAUGCGCCGUCUGUGCGCAACAGUAUCGCAAGUUGGGAGGGCACAUUACGAUCCGACUGGAACUUUGACACUGUGCGUUCGAGUAUGGCUAUGGGCACGUUCCGAAGUGCAGCGAGGGACAUCAUGCAACCCGGCCUGGUACCGGAUGAAGAAGAGGAGGAAGCGUUGGAGUUCGAGGAGAGCGAGGUUCCCGACUCGGCGCUGGCGACGGCUAGCGGCAGCGACAUACCAGCUGUAGGAAAGACGGCUUCGCAAUCGACGAUGAUCGUCCAUACGGACUCGGAGAUGGCGGCUGCGCAAACCAACUCGGAAGUGCCCGCUCUUGAUGAGGACGGGAGCAGUACCGAAACUGCUGGUGCUGGGCCAGUAACACCACCCUCAAACGAAGCCCCUCCCGCGUAUGUACGGACACCCCGGCGCGCAUCGUAUGCAAAGCGCACGGCCGAGGGAGGUACCAUUGUUCGUGACAUCGAUCUCGGUACGGGCGUGGAUACCAUUCGACCUGUCAAGAAGGUCGACGCCGCGGGAAGUCUGCGGCUCUCUUCCGACUUCGUCGGUUCCAUGCGUGCGCGCGAGGGAUCCGCAUCCAGUGUCCCCAAUUCACCUACUAAGGACAAGUCUGCGUCUCGAAAGACCACAAGCGAUAUGGCGAAGGCAGGCAGGGCCAUCGUUGACGAUGUUGUGCUACCGACGCUGCAGAAGUCAAUCACAGAUGAUCAGGAUGCUAGAGAGAUAGAAGCGCUGAGCAUGCUGUCUCGGGGCUUCGAAGAGCUACGUGACGUCAACCCUGAACUGGCCUAUGGGAUCGUACUUGAUUUACUAUCGGGUAUCAAUGAUAACGACGCCGUGCGCCAACAUGUUGCCACAUCGCGCAAUCUCUUCCCACAUAAGCGCGUUACACGGAAGAGCGAGCUCACAAGCCGUGGUCUUGUCGUAACAGAGACGGAGGAGAUCCUGGAUGGCCCUUCUACAACAGCCGCUGUUGCUUCGGAUCGCCCUGCAUCCCCAACUUCGUCCUCUGGGAUGAAGCGUAGUCCUAUCGCAGAGCUAUUGUACAUGCGCUGGCUGGAGGGCUUGAAGCUCAAAUGGCCGAGCAUUCUCUGA